UUAAAUACAUUGUGGAGUGAAUUAUUAAAAUAAAAAUAAACAAAUUUUGUAUUUAACUUUUUAUAAAUUUUACAUAAGUGUAUCAAUUUUUUUUUUAUAAAAUGGACAAUCCAUUAAAACCCAAAUCUGUUCCCUUAUCUGCGGAAACUGUGCUAUGGUUUGAAUUUUUAUUGAAUCCAAAUUUGUUGAAUUCGCAUUUGAAAAAAUUAAAUCCAGAUCCUUCUCCAAUUGAAUUGAUUUCUCAAUUUAUUCAAAUGGCGCCUGAAAAUCAAAUGAUACCUCAAUACGAUUUAACAGGGGCAACAAAUCCUGAAACUGAAGGUAAUAUACCUAUACAAAAUCCACCAACACCUACCCCAGAAGGACUUAAAAUGCCAAGAAAAUCAAUUGCUUUGAAAAUAUUAACAUUAAAAAUUGCAACUCAUAUUAAAUGGAAUUUGGAUAUAAUUGAGAAAAAUUUACCCGUACAAAAGCAGAUUCAUUUAUUAAAAGAUCUAUGUACUUUAUCAUUUGGAAAAACCAUAAAUAUUCCAAUCUCAGAAGAUUUUGCAGAAAAAACUUCUGCAGAAGGUUCUGAAAAUGCCGCCAAAUUUGCACUUACUCUUUAUCAUCGCUGGGUAUUACGCCUUCAAAUUUUAAAAGACAUGGCAUUAAAAGCUUGUAGACCCCCUGCACCAAGUUUACCAGUUCCAGCAGAACCCGUGCAUCCAUUUGCCCCAGAAAUACCACCGCAGCCGAGUAUUGAUUAUUUGAAAAAUGUUGUUGCUUCAAAUGAACAGUUCCACAUACUAACUUAUGAGACAUUUAUACCCGUUCUAGCAAACACUGAAAAAAUUGUACAAAAUUACGACGCUAUGAAGGUUAUAUCAAAUAGUGAGAUAAGAGCUCAAAUUUAUUACGAUUUAGUAGGUUACUAUUUGUUUGCUAAAGAUUAUAAAGCGGCGCAUGAUGCCGUUAUUGAAUGUCGGCGUUAUUUGCUUGAACUAAAAUUGGAAUAUAAAAUAAGUGGUGAUGAAAAUAAUUUUCAUUAUUGUCAUAUUGAAGAUGAUGAAUUGGAGGGGGUGUUGCUAGCAUGUGGUGUAAGUGAAACUCCUGUUAAAUUGACUGAAAAACUCAAUAGGUCUUUGCUUAAUCAAUACGAAGGUAUAACAGAUUUAUUAAAAAUGGACAAUCAUCAGCGUGAGAUUCCUUUGAGUACUAGAAGAAUUAUUGAGUUGGAUAUUGAAGGAGCAAUAAGCCGUGGUACACUAAAAGAAUCUAAAGAUUUUGAAAUGGAGAUAGCAGCGUUAAAUGUUAUAAGAAGUAUAUUUGAAGAUGGAAAUAUUUUUUCGAACAUUGAUUUCUUUGAAAAAUACAAAAACUAUGACUGCUUUUCUAUGAUAAUUAAUGGUAUUCAAGAUAUAUUACUACACUGCAAUAUAAAUGAAAAGAACAAAAUAAAAGAUUUUUUAAUUGAUUGUAUUUUAAAAUCAAACAAUGUAAGCGGAAAAAAAUUUAUAGAACAACUUCGUACAUUUAAUGAGCUAUUUAGUCAAAGUGAACUGGAUAAUUUGACCAAAGAAAUUACAGAGGAAGAAAUUUUUGUACCUCAGUUAGCAUGUCAGGAUGAUUGGAAAACUUCAUCGAAGAUACCGCGAAUUGAGAUUGGUAACAUUGAAAGACAAUUAAUUUCCUGCUCAGGAGCUAAUGCUGUAAGAAAACUUUUGGUAAAGUUAGCAUCAACAAAUCCAACAAGGCCUCUAUGGACAGUAAAUCCUAGUUGGCAAAUUCCACAACCCAUAAAUCAGAUUCUAAGUUCACUACAACGUGGAUUUUUACAAGACUUUUCUUAUGUUUUGAUGGGAAAAGCUAGAGAGAUGGCUGUUAAAAGUGACUAUUAUGGAGCAAUAUCAAUGUUAACUGUAUUAAAACAAGAGACUCAACGACCAGACCUAGUGAACACAGCAGCCAUAACAAAAUUAGGCAAAUUGGUUACAUGGGAAAUUCUCUUAGUACAAAUAACACAAGCAUUAGAAAAGUGGAACAAAAAAUCCGUAGACCAAAUUCUCAUUAAUAAAUGUAAACAAUGUCUCAAUACAUUACAAGGCAAUGAAAACAUAAUUCCAAGAAUAGAGAUAAUCGAGCAUUGCACAAUUCUACUAUUAAAUUGUAAUGAAUGGAACGCUAUAAUGUUCUUAGAAAAAAAACUACCUUGUGUAGAAUUACAUGUUGCAUUUGCAUCUACAUUUUUAGAAUUGGAAAAAUUGAAAGGUAGUAAAAAAAUAUGUCGAGAUGCUUGGGACAUAGUUUUAAAUAUAUUUUCUUCCGGAUCGAAUAAGCGAGGAAACAAUAUUUCUGCUCCAAAUACUGGUGGCAAUAACAAUUCUAAUCCUCAAAGUGGAAAUAACAGUGCUCGUAACUCUCCAGGCCUGCAAAUAUCAACAAGUUUAUAUCCAUUCUUAAAGAAGAUAAGAGAUCAGUUAGUAUUUUCUUUAGCUAUUUCGUUAUUGUCUAAAAUUCAUAACAUUUUGAAAGAUGAUUCAAAUUUUGAUAUUAAUGGCGAAUACAUGUUUUUAUGGCCCACAAAUAUUAUAAAUCCUAUGGGAUAUAACGUCAGAUCAGUUUCAGAAACAUUAAAUUGGUUAUUAAAAGAAGCUUUGAAAUAUUAUCCCCAAAACACAGGAUGGUUAAAAUUAAGGGGGGAUUUAGAAUUAUCUAUCGGAAACAAUGAAGCAGCUAUGAGAUGUUAUAUUAAUGCCAUAAUUACAGCUUCGGAAUAUUGUAGCUUACCAUUGCAGAGAUCGGUAAUUGAUGAUUACAUUGUAAGGAAAAUGAUAAAAUGUUGCACGAAUUUGGGAUGCUAUAUGCAAGCUGCUGUUUUAUGUCAAUUUUUAGAUGAAAUUGAUUAUGGCUUAGCUUUUAAAAAUAUAUCUGAAAAAACCUCAAACUCUGAUUCUAUGGAUGCUUAUUAUAGUUGUAUUUGGGACUCAACACUUUUGGAAUUCAUAAUAAAUCAUCAUUAUAAAAAAGGAGAACAUAAUAAGAAACUAGAAGCUAUUGCCGUAAUUAGCCAAUUAGAGCUAAAUGCAAAUAACAAUGAAGAAAUAAAACGAGAAGCAGCAACAGUUAGAAAAACUAGAUUUUUGAGGGCGUUGGCAAAGCAAUAUCUUUAUUAAAAUACAUAUUAAGGGCAAAUAAAAUUUUCUUUGAUUUUUUCA